AUGUUUAGACGUAUAUUUGAUUCUAUUUUAAAUCGUCUUGGUGGUACUAUAGCUACUGUAGAACAAAAAGAAGAAGACAUAGAAGAAGAAGAAGAAUUAGUUGUACAAUUCAAUUUAUUGCAAUUACCAAAUGUAGUAAUUAGAUACAUCAUUCAACAGAUUGAUUUGGAUAUUGAAAGAAUAUGUUUGCAUGCUACAUGUCAUCGUCUCUUUGACCUAAGAAGAAGUUUAAUUAGUCAUGUAGUAGUCGGUACUACACCUACUGCUGCUACUACUUCUACUACUGCUUCAACGACAGCUAAUGCUGAUUGUUUAUAUCUUGCAACCAAUGAUUUUAACCUAAUAUCGUUAGGGGACAGAGACUAUUAUUUCAAUUCAUUGCCAAGAUUAGUUCUCACCAAGAUCAUUUCAUCGUGUGAUUUGACGGUUUUCAAGUCAUUGCGAUACUUGUAUAUAGAGGGUAUUGCCGACCAGAUAGAUAUCUCAGAGAUACGAUUACCACCGUCACUCAUUGCACUCACUAUUGGUGAUGGAUCAUACUAUUCAAACAACUUUUCAAGACCCUCCAAAACCAUACCUCAUGGUUGGUUGCCAGAAGGAUUACGCAAGUUGCAAUUCCGUGGAAUGGCUCCACCUGUCAUCGUAGACAUGUACUCUACAUUACCUGUAUCCCUCAAAACAUUGGAAGGAUGUUUUACUCCUCAACCACUACCCAAUCAUUUGGAGCAUCUAUAUUGUCACAGUACUUUUAAAUUAAAUAUUAUUGUUGCAGACAAUAAUGCACAACAAGAUGAUGAUGAUGGACAAUUGCCACCACCACCACCAAGCCAAUCAAGAUUAAAAAAAGUAUUUCUAAAAUAUUAUGAUCAAGAUACAAUUGAUCAAUUACCAUCUAUAUCAUCAUCAUCAUUGGAAAUAUUAAAUAUCAAACUUUUUAGUAGUAGUAGUAGUACUAUUUCAAUACCUUUUAAUCAAUUACCAAAUCUACGUCAUAUUGGAAUACCUCAAAUAUUUAAUAGUAUCGCCAACGCUGCCACCGAGUCAACCCGACACUACCACCACAACAACAAACAUUUUUUUAGUCAACUACCAAAUAAUAGUAAUCUACAGACGGUUGGUAUAUACAAUCCAAUUAUACCUUGGUAUGAUUUCUACUUGGAACUUCCACUAUCCUCUGCCAGAAACAAAAGAAAUGUAAUAUCUUUUGAAAAGGCAUUACUUGCAAGCAAUCGUUUGGGAGUACUUAGGCAAUGUCGACAUUCCAAAACCAUACUACAAAUUAGACUAUUUGACAAGAAAAAACAAGUUUAUGUUUUAAUCAUCAGUAAAUACGAUUCAACCAUUACAGCUACAUUUACAUUUCAGUCCUCUUCCAUUUCAGACAUACUACGAAAACAUUGUGUUCCAUAUUGUGGUCAUGGAAAUAGAUAG